AUGCCGCGUGCCUCAGGUGAUCGACCGCACGACCUGAAAAUCCGACUGUUCAUCGCCUUCCACUACACCAACCAUCGAAUACCCUUUACGAAUACCUUGGUGCAUCCGUAUGCAGCGACCCUAAUUCGACCAGAUCAACAAAGCCGGAUUACUUGCAUUGCUUCCUCGGGUCGUUCGAUCACUACCGUCACUACUUGCUACCUCCCUUCCCCCGAGCGUCAUCUUCGUCGAGAACCAGAUAUCAUCGUGUCUCCCGCCGACUCCCCCGAUCCUUUCCGGCUCCGGCCACCGCCAGGCCAGAUCAUGGUCAAGGCAGCAGCAGCAGCCAGUGCCCCGGCUGGGCCUGGCAUCUACAGUGCGACCUACAGCGGGAUACCUGUAUAUGAGUACCAGUUCGGAGUAGAUCUGAAGGAGCAUGUAAUGCGCCGACGUGUUGACGACUGGAUCAACGCAACACAUAUUCUCAAGGCCGCCGGCUUCGACAAACCCGCGAGAACUCGCAUCUUGGAACGCGAGGUACAAAAGGAUCAGCACGAGAAGGUCCAGGGCGGGUAUGGAAAGUACCAAGGCACAUGGAUUCCUCUGGAAGCAGGCGAGGCUUUGGCCCACCGAAACAACAUAUUCGACAGGUUACGGCCCAUCUUUGAGUUUUCUCCUGGGCCUGACAGCCCGCCUCCGGCCCCACGCCACACGAGCAAACCCAAGCAACCAAAGAAGCCAGCGGUGCCAAGAUUCAACAACAAGGCUCGCGCAGUAGCAAAACAGGCAGCACCACAGCUACAUUACCAGCCCUCCCUACAUCCCCACGAUGCCUACGAGAACGGGGACAUGUUGGUGGACGAAGACGACACGCCAGACAACCUGACCGUCGCUUCAGCUUCCUACAUGGCCGAAGACGAUCGUCCAGACCUGUCGCACUUUUCGACCGGACACAGGAAACGCAAGCGCGAAGAGCCUACCGAGAGUAUGAUUGAGCAGCAGCAUAGAAUCUACGGUGAUGAACUGUUAGAUUACUUCCUGCUGUCCAGGAAUCAACCGACGCCAGCCAUGCGUCCGGAACCUCCCGUCAACUUUAGGCCCAACUUUCCCAUAGACGCAGACCAGCAUACCGCUCUCCAUUGGGCUGCCUCGAUGGGCGAUAUCGACAUUAUCAAACAGCUUUUUCAGUUUAAUGCUCAGCCAGAUUCGAGGAACGUACGGGGUGAGACACCGCUGAUGAGGGCCGUCACAUUUACCAACUGCUACGAUAAGCAAACCUUUCCUGUCGUUCUCAAGGAGCUCUUCCACACAAUCAACAUCCGGGACCUAUCUGGUUGCACCGCCAUUCAUCAUGCGGCCAUUCUCAAGGGCGGUCGUGUUCACAGCCCAACGUGUUCACGGUAUUAUCUGGACAACAUCCUCAAUCGAUUGCAGGAGACUCAACACGACCCCAACUUUGUUCAGCAGCUCCUCGACGCCCAGGACAACGAUGGCAACACGGCCGUUCAUCUUGCGGCGCAGCGCGGCUCGAGCAAAUGCAUUCGUGCCCUCCUGGGCCGUGGUGCCAGCACUGACAUUGCGAACAACGAGGGCAUGAUUGCUGCAGAUAUGAUCAAGGAGCUCAAUGCCAGUAAGAAGUUGCGCUCAGUACCACAGAGAUCCUCGUCUCCAUUCGCACCCGAGUCGGCUAGGAGACAGGUUUCAUUCCGCGAUGCGUUGGCUGGUGAUGUCGGCGCCAUGACCCUUGGCGCGGGGAACAGCCACAGCAACAAGAUGACAGCCAGCCUCAAGUCGGAGGCCGCCCUCACCGUACAGAACAGAAUCACACCUCUGGUCUUUGAGAAGUUCCACGAUCUGGCCAGGUCCUACGAGGACGAGUUCACGAUAAAAGACGAAGCCGAGCGCGAGGCGACACGAAUCUUGGCGAAUGCACAAGCCGAGCACACCUCUUUAACAAACAAGCUUGCGGAGCUGGGAUCGCAGCUCUUGCCGCCAGAGCAAGCUUUCGGCAUCGACGGUGAACUGGAGAUAGUCACAGGCAAGGUCAAGGCAGUCGUCUCCACACUAAAUCGUCUUCACGUCGAAGGGCUAGUAGAGCGGGAGCUGGACGCAAGCAUGAACGGUGAUUCCAAUGGGAAUACCAACAGCAUCGAGGAGAGGCUCGCUUUGGCCAACGAGCUUCGCUAUCUUCUAGGCGAACAGCAGAUGGCCGAGACAGAGUACAUUGAGGCACUCAGCAUGGUGGGCACGGGCGAGAAGAUCGACCAAUACCGGCGACUGCUCAAGAACUGCCUGGGUCCCUUGGCGGAAAACCUCGACGACAACCUGGAGGAGCUCGUUGCCAUUAUGGAAGAAGAGGUGUCGGAUGGCAUGCUGAACAGUACCGCCGACGGCCCAUCAUCGGCAACAAACGGCCUGGUGGGUGGCGAGACGAUGGACCUUGCGCCACCAACAUCGGCUCUGUAG